CUCUUAUGUUGGACCCCAUACUGAUAAUUAGAUUUUAUGCUUGGGUGCGACUGCUUGUACCUUGCGCACUGCUAAUGCUUGGGUUUAAACUUCGUAUAUGUAUAUGCAUAUGAUGACGACGUCUAUAAGAGAGGUAGAUGAUGACAAUACAGGUAAUGGCGAUUUGAAAUUGUAUGGAAUUUCAAAAUAGAAGCCCUCCAACGGCAAUACUAUUACCUAGUUUUUUAUGUCUCCAUUGGCUUUCACGGAAGGGCUCGUUAAUACGUAAAUUCACACAGAAACAGCAGCGACCAAGAUUGGAUCGAUGGAUUCAGGGUAUUUUGUUGGCAGGAAUGAAAUUCUUCAAUGGAUCAAUACCACCCUCAAUCUCCAUCUCCAGAAAGUUGAAGAUGUAGCAUCUGGUGCAGUGCUCUGCCAAUUAAUAGAUGCCACACAUCCUGGAGUAGUGCCAAUGCACAAGGUUAAUUUUGAUGCCAAGAAUGAAUAUGAAAUGACUCAGAAUUAUAAAGUUCUUCAUGAUGUCUUCAACAAGCUUAAAAUAUCCAAGCAAAUUGAGGUGAAUAAGCUUAUAAAAGGCAGGGCGCUUGAUAACCUGGAGUUUGUGCAAUGGCUGAAACGAUACUGUGACUCUGUUAAUGGCGGGAUUAUCAAUAAUUACAAUGCUUUGGAACGAAGAGAAGGGUGUAAAGGGGGUAAAGAAGUUACUAAGAAGGCGAGCUCUGCAUCUAAACACCAUGCGGUUUCAGGCUCCAGGUGGCAUGAAACUCUUGUUGCCAAUGAAGUACACAAAGCAACAAGAAAAGUCACCAGUAAUACUGUUGGAAAUGCUCAGAUUUCUACAUCAACAGGAGGGGAGCAAAUGACCUCUGCUGCUCAUCCAGUUCCAGUUGUUGUUCAAGCACAAAUUCAGAACCUUAAAGAGCAGAUUACUGAAUUACAGGUGUCUGUGGCUAGCUUGGAAAAGGAAAGAGAAUUCUACUUUGCAAAAUUAAGAAACAUUGAAAUUCUGUUUCAAAACCCAGCUGUGAAAAGUUUGCCAGUAGUUUCUGCAGUUCAAAGGAUUCUGUAUGCUGCAGAACACAGCCCUGCAGUAAUUGCUGAAGCCAAAGCAAUUAUGUGUGAGCAAUCUUUAGGACUAUCCAACUCCAAUAUUACAGAUAAGAGGGAAUCUCAGAAACGGAAAUCUGCAAUGACAACUGAAGUGGAAUAUAUUGCAAAUGCAACAUUUCACCCCAGGCAAAGAAGGAAUCCUUUGGAAGAUGCCAACCAUUUCGAUUCAUCAGUGUGACUCGGCCCUAACACUUUUUUAGUUCAGUUCUCUUGUGAUAAUGGAAAUGUUUGGUCUAAUAAGGAAGACAUGCUCUGUUUCACCCACUCUCAAUCCAGCCUAAUAAGAGCCAUGAAGUUUUCCCUAUUGGAGAAACAGUUUCCAAAAAAAGCAUUUCUGGUGCUAUUUUGGCUCAUUAGGCUGAUUUAACUUUGCUUCUAGUCAAGAAUGAGAUUAAUGAGGGUUUCCAAUAUGUUUCUGAUAUGUAACAGUCUGCUGUAUAUUGUGUAGAAAAAUGUGAGUUUCUAUUUUAGUUAGUAGUUGGAUUAGUUUAGACCUAGUUCUAGAUUAUGCUUUAGUAUAUUUUGGAAUGGAAAUGCCCACUUGCAUCUCCAAAUUAAUAAUUAAUAAUUCCCUUAAGAUGUUCAUGGUGCACUGAGUUCAAACUGUUGACCAGUGUGACCUUAUUUGUCCAUCCUUGAGCUUGGAUGACAAUCAAUUGGAUUCAAUAAAAUAGACCAUGCAGAAAGUCUUGAUAUUAGGGGCUCUCAGCCCUCUGGGUUUAACCCUGGCUGCUCCAUGUCACAACCAGUCAACUCAGCCUUGUGGACCUUCUUGAUUAGUUAUCACUUGCUCUAAAUUUGCUUCUUCACAAUGGAACGAUUUCAGUCAGCAUCUAAAUGAUUAUCUUAUAACUCGUUUUAUUCAUUCA